CUUAUACAGAAUUAAAUUUAGUGGUAUUCAGCCUAUGCAAUGACGACAACAAAAAUAUCAUGAACAACAUCAGUUCAUCGUUUUUUAACUAUAAAUGUACCAGAAUGCACUGACUUUGAAAAGUCAAUAUGGAGAGAAAAAGAAGAAAGGAGAGGUUACAGAGAGCUGAAGAAACCCAAAGACUCAAACAGGAAGAAACAAGAUUUUUCAAGGCCAUAAAGGAAGGUGAGAAAGACACAGUUGAGGUCCUGUUGAAAGAUGAAGCUUUUAUGUUACAUCUACAAGAGACGGACAAACUGUCCCUAGCCUUUGUACAGGUUGUAUUGUUGAAUAACGUAGAGUUGUUGAGAAUACUUCUCAAUCAUGGGAUUGACGUGCAGGCCACUGACAGUAUGUUUGAAGAGAAUGGGAUCAUGCAUGCAGUUAGAUAUGGACAUAAGGAAAUGUUGGAGUGUUUAUUAUCUUGUGGUAUAGGUAUUAAUCACCAGAGUGAAAACGGAUCUACAGCAUUACACGUAGCAGUUGAAAAUGGCAAACACGAAUGUUUGAAAAUUCUGGUGAAACAGAAGGGAGUUGAUUUGAAUAUCAAGGAUUGUAGUGGGUAUAGCCCAUUAUUGUGGACUGCUCGGUUGCGGGACUGGCGUGCAAUGGAGAUUAUGAUAAAUGCUGGAUGUAACAUUGAAAGUAAAGAUUUCUGUAAGGGAAUUAAUUGUCUACAUAUUACUGUUGAUAAAGAGCGAGCAUUUUGGAAAGGUAAGCAUGCGGGACCGGAGGAUACUACGAACUGCAUAGAUCAGUGCGUAAAUGCAGGUAUUAACAUCAAUCAAGGUGAUAUUUAUGGUAAUUCACCACUAAUAUAUGCAGUUAAAUCAAAUAAUUUACCAGCUGUGAAACGACUGUUAAAACUGAACUGUAACAUUGAAAGCUGCUCGCAGGCCAGUAAUGCGGGAAUGCCGUUCUAUUUUCACAAGAAUCUCGCUGGAUCAGAAUCUUCUUUGUUUCCUCUGUAUAUAGCUAUUUCAAGACUGCAAACAAGUUCAGUGAAAAUGUUAUGUGCUGCUGGUGCCCAGUAUCAUUUGUUAGCACGGGAACCAAAUAUUCUUUCUUUCCUCGAUACAGCUUCUCCACAGUUGAAGAGCAUGUUAGAUGAUAUGAUAUUUAACCCCAUGUCAUUGAAACAAGCUUGUAGAAUUGUUGUGCGUCAGUCAAUAAAAGGGAAUAUUCUAAAAACGGCAGCCGAGCUUGAGCUUCCUGCAUCACUUGUGAGAUAUAUUUGCCUCGAUGACAUUGACAGUAUGUAAUAAAUAUGACAAUUUUGCUUUCAAAGUAGUGUUGGAAAUCUGUCAAAAAUUCUGUGUCAGUUAAUCAGUUCAGUAACGCCUGAUCGAUGAUUUAGAUGAAUCAGUAAACAAGAUAAAAAAGCUAAACUAAAAUUUUGGGCAUUAACAAAUUUUCACUUUUUUUGGUAAUAUUAAACACAGCGACCAGAAGUUGUCAACUUUUGCGAUUAUGUCUAAUUUGAAAUAAUGUUGCAUGUAUGUUAACGGUGUUUAGAUUGAGCUUAUUACUGUAAAAGCACAUAUUUUCGCUGGGUCAAAGUUUAAUAUUCAUGAAAUUGUAAAAAUGGUAUCAUAUUUGAAUUAUACUAUUGUGAAAAUUAAACCCUCGCAAGUUUCUGCUUUUACAGUAUUAGGAAGUCAAAACAUGUCAAAGAUGGAAUAUUUUGUCAAGGAUCAUGUCAUGGACCAUUAAUUUAUGAUAUUGCAUUGCUGUGAUAGAUUAGCACAUUUUUACUUCAAAAUGCUGUUGUAGUCGGUUUUUGUAUUCUGUUUUUAAUUAGUGUUCAGAUUUGCUUAUGUACUUUGUUAUGAUAUUAUAAUUUUCUUCGUCAGACUUCAGUGUUUGAAACAGAGUUUACUCAGCCAGAUGACUUUGCAGUCAAACUGCUCUGUAUAUGAUUUCUCAUAAACUCUAUAUGAUUUGUGCAUUAUUCUUAGCUCACCUGAGCACAAAGAGUUCAAGAUGAGCUGUUGUGAUGGCUCUGUGACCAUUGUCAUGAGGUGUGUGUAGUCCGACAUUGUCAGAGUAAACUAUUUUAUUGUUGA